AUGCUCCUAGAUCUGAUAGAGGAGCGUCAGAUGUUCCUUCCGGAAUCGGAUACCUGUCAGUCGCUGGCGCUGGGAAACAUCUAUCCGGAAGGCCUAGAAAACAAAGGCGAGGAACCGCUUCUAGUACCGGCGGUAGUCCUAAUGGCUUCGUUCCUAGGCAUGGAAGCGGAAGGGGCGAUUGUAGCACGGGGCAGGCUUCGUGGUCACAAGCUAGCAGAGGAUGGAUCGACUCGUCUGACGGGCUAUCUCUUUACACCGAUCCAGCACACAGUCUAUCGCAAACAUUAG